AAAAAAAAAAAAAAAAAAAACAAAACCUUAAUAUCCAAAGUAACUAAAGUUUAAAAACAUCGUUACCAAACAACCGAAAAACACACAACCAAUGAAACGAAAAGACGAGGAAAACAAUGUAAAUCAAAUAAUUAGGUUCAUUUUUACACAUCUCUAAAGUAAAAGAAGAAGAAAAGAAUUAUUCUUCAGUCUUUAAAAAUUUAAAAGAAUAAAAUUGACCUUGACGUUGACGAAUGACAACUAUAUUGGAGACCAAAGAUCAUAAUACUCCUCACUCUCUUCUUCCCACUUCACUCCCACAAUUCGAUCUUUCUCUCUCCUCCAAAUGAUCGUUGCAGUUUUUCUGAUUCUUGAUUAAGUAAUAUUGAUUAAUUUAGCUCAACAUCAUGGGUAAGACACUUCACCUGUCGGGUUUUCCUUCUACUGUGACUGUUGAAAAUAUCACCGCAUAUCUGGAGGAUAUAACUGGCAAAGAAACUGUUUAUGCUCUGAAAUUAAGGCAGUUUAAAAAUGGUGGGUCAAGAUGUUUUGCUGUUGUGCAAUUCACCUCUGCCAGGAUGGCAAGUCUUAUCCUCAGUCUCUCUCAACCUCCAAAGAAACUUUGGUAUGGUUCCAAUUACUUGAAGGUACGAGAGUCGGAAAAUGAUAUUGUGCCCAAGCCAAGAAUUAAUCAACAUAAAAUGGACAACAUAACUCUUCAUGUUGGAUGUCAGACUUCAAAUGACAAGUUCAGAGCAUUUUGGAGAGCUCAGGAUGUUUCUUUAUCAUUUGGCUCAGGAUUGAGGAAGUUAUACUUCUCCUUAGAAUAUAACUUUAGGGAAUAUAAACUUGAACUUUCUUAUGAGAGUAUUUGGCAGAUUGAGCUAAGACGUCCACGUGGUUAUCAUUUGAAGUAUCUUCUAAUUCAGCUGUUUGGGGCUCCUCGGAUAUACGAGAAGGAUGCAUGCUCUUUAGGACUGGCCUUUGACUAUUAUAAGGACGGACAAGAGGAUCAAUGGGACAGGACAACAGAUUUCACCUCCUUAAGUUGUAUAGGACAGUCGUCUUUUUUAUGUUUGGAGCUUCCAUAUAACUGCCAACUACCAGACUUCAGAGCUAACUUUGCAUAUUUUAAGGAGGAUGAUGGCCAAUUUACUAUAGAAAAUGGCAGUACCUUCUCCCACAACAUGGGACUUGUUCCAAUAGUGGUUCUUCCAAGAGGGGUUGAUUUACCAUUUAAUAUCUUGUUUAAGGUAAAUAAUUUGGUUCAAUCUGGGUGUCUUCCUGGCCCAAACCUUGACCAGAGUUUCUAUCAGAUGGUUGAUCCGAGGAGAUUUGAUAUGGCUCUUAUUGAGUAUGCACUUGAAAAUCUGUAUUUUCUGAAGGAGUGCUGCUACAAUCCAGUUGGGUGGCUAAGACAGCAGUACACAAAAUACCUUACAUCUAAGAGAAGUCCUGGGAAGCCAACCCUUUCAUUGGAUGCAGGAUUGGUUUAUGUACGCAGAGUUCAAAUAACUCCAUCUAGAGUGUACUUUUGUGGCCCAGAGGUUAAUGUUUCCAAUCGGGUGUUGCGAAAUUAUCCUGCUGACAUUGAUAAUUUCCUUCGCAUUUCUUUUGUUGAUGAGAAUCUAGAAAAAUUAUACUCAACAGAUUUAUCUCCACGUGCCGGAAAGCGGACUGAGAUCGAUGGAAGGAUUCGUUCUGUUCUCAGCAAUGGAAUACGUAUUGGUGAUAAGAAGUUCGAGUUAUUGGCCUUUUCAUCAAGCCAAUUGAGGGAAAACUCUGCAUGGAUGUUUGCUUCUAGGCCUGGAUUGUCUGCCACAGACAUCAGAAAUUGGAUGGGUGACUUUAGAGAAAUAAGAAAUGUUGCAAAGUAUGCUGCCAGACUUGGUCAAUCUUUCGGCUCAUCCACAGAGACUCUAAUUGUUCCUAUCGAGGAAGUUGAAAUGAUACCUGAUGUGAAAGUAAUUGCUGGGAGAAAUACAUACAUCUUUUCAGAUGGAAUUGGGAAGAUAUCAGCUGAUUUUGCUUGCAAAGUGGCAAAAAAAUGUGGUUACAGCUCCACCCCGUCUGCCUUCCAGAUUAGAUAUGGUGGAUUUAAGGGUGUCGUCGCUAUUGACCCCCUGUCAUCUAAGAAGUUGUCAUUGCGAAAAAGCAUGCUCAAGUAUAAAUCAGAUAACGAUAAACUUGAUGUACUGGGAUAUAGUAAAUAUCAAGCAUGCUAUAUGAAUCGCCAGAUAAUUACUCUCUUGUCCACUCUUGGAGUGCAAGAUCGUGUAUUUGAGAAAAAGCAAAGAGAAGCACUAAAUAACCUAGAUGCAAUCCUAAAAGAUCCACUAAAGGCACAAGAAGCGUUGGAGCUCAUGUGUCCUGGGGAGGUUACAAACAUUCUCAAUGAAAUGCUUAAAUGUGGCUACAAGCCUGAUGGCGAACCAUUCCUUUCAAUGAUGUUGCAAACUUUUCGGGCUGCAAAGUUGCAAGAAUUGCUGACCAAAUCAAGGAUAUUUGUCCCACGUGGUAGAGCAAUGAUGGGAUGUCUGGAUGAAACUAAAAUCUUGGAAUAUGGUCAGGUGUUUGUGCAGGUUUCAGGCUCAAGAUUUAGGAAUGUCGGUAAUGAACUCCUCACUAGCACUGACUAUGAAUUUGAACCCAAUAACUAUGUUGUGAAGGGAAAAGUAGUUGUUGCGAAGAACCCUUGUUUACAUCCUGGUGAUGUCCGUGUUCUGAUGGCAGUAGACGUGCCUGCUUUGUGUCACAUGGUUGACUGUGUUGUGUUUCCACAGAAAGGAAAGAGGCCUCAUCCAAAUGAAUGCUCUGGAAGUGAUUUGGAUGGUGAUAUAUACUUUGUUUGUUGGGAUGCUGAGCUGAUACCCCCUCGUCAAGAGGAACCUAUGGAUUACACUGCUGCUGAAAGCACUAUACUGGAUCAUGAUGUUACCAUGGAGGAAGUGAUUGAUUAUUUCACCAACUAUAUAAUCAACGACAGCUUAGGCAGGAUUGCUAAUGCACACACAGCCUUCGCAGAUAGGGAGCAUGCGAAGGCAAUGAGUAGCCCUUGCAUACAGCUCGCUCAACUUUUUUCGAUUGCUGUUGACUUCCCCAAAACUGGCAUCCCUGCAGUUACGCCACCUUCCCUCAAAGUAAAAGAAUACCCUGAUUUCAUGGAAAAGCCCGAUAAGCCAACUUAUGAAUCACACAGAAUUAUCGGCAAGCUGUUUAGGGAGGUCAAGGAAAGAUCCCCUAGUUCAAAAUCCAUUAGAUUAUUCACCAGAGAAAUUGCUGCACGUUCCUAUGAUCCCGACAUGGAAUAUGAUGGCUUUGAGGAUCAUCUUGAUGAUGCUGAGUUUUACAAGAGCCAAUAUGAUUAUAAGCUAGGUAAUCUAAUGGAUUACUACGGGAUCACCACUGAAGCAGAAAUGUUAAGUGGGAAUAUUUUGAGAAUGUCGAAGUCCUUUGAUAGAAGGAACGAUGCAGAAGCUUUAACAAUGGCUGUCAGAUCCUUGAGGAAGGAAGCUCGGGCAUGGUUUAAUAAAAGCGAAUAUGACUCAGAAGGUGACGACCUAUAUGCAAAAGCAUCAGCUUGGUAUCAUGUGACAUAUCACCCAAGUUUUUUUGGCAAGUAUAAUGAAGGGACGAAUCGGGAUCAUCUCCUUAGCUUUCCUUGGUGUGUUUAUGACAAACUGAUCACCAUUAAGAAGAGGAACAAACAGUCUCAUGCUUCACUGUUAAAAAGCCUGGAAUAUCAAAUGAGACAUGGAUUCAAUCUUAAUGGUUAAAGAUUGUACUUAUAUCGGUAUGUUCCUGUUACUGAACCUCAUCUAUCAUCCAAAUGUAAUUUUACUCAUCUUUUAUCGUGCAUUGUUAUUUAGAAUCAAGAACCCUUCUGUUAAAUAUCUUGGUUUUCCUUGCUUAUCCACAAGGUGUUUCAUCACUGAAUUCUCCAUUAGAUUUGUAAA